AUUGGGACCUUACUGGGUUGUUUUAUAAGAUUGGUGAGUCUUUUUAUCUCUUGUGGGAUGUAUUAUGUAAGCCAUUUAUUCCUUCUUAUGAAGGUUGGGACAAGAAGGCUUUAUGUGAAAUUGGUUUUCUGUCAUUUUUGAGGACAUGUUAUGUUGUGUGUUAUAUUCAUUCUAGGUGUCAUGAGCACAUGUCAGUGAGGAUGAUAGACCAUAUUGUUGAUGGGCACCGUAUCGAUAUUGACUCUGAAAUCAUUAAAAGAGUUAAGGAAUUGAUUCUUGCCAGUUCCAAAUAUGCUUUGCCAAGAAGUUCUAGAGAGAAGCAGUUCUUGUAUGAUGUUGUAGCGAAUGGAAGAAAUGGGAUUGAUGUUGACAAGUUUGAUUACAUUGUUAGAGACAGCCGGGCAUGUGGGUUGGGAUGCAAUUUCCAGUUUCAAAGAUUGACGGAGACAAUGAGAGUUAUGGGAGAUGAAAUAUGCUACCGCGCCAAAGAUUAUUUAACAAUACACAAGUUAUUUGCAACACGGGCUGAUCUGUACAGAACUGUCUAUACUCAUGCCAAAGUGAAGGCAAUAGAGCUAAUGGUUGUAGAUGCACUGGUGAAAGCAAAUGGUUACUUGCAUAUAUCAUCUUAUAUAGAGGAUCCUUCUGAAUAUUGGAAGCUAGAUGACACAAUAUUAAAAACUAUCGAGACAGCUCCCAACCCAGAGUUAAAGGAAUCUAGGGAAUUGAUCAGCCGAAUUAGGAGACGGAAUUUGUACCAGUUCUGUAAUGAAUAUGCGGUUCCCAGAGACAAAAUAGAACAUUUCAAAGAUGUCACUGCAAAAGAUAUUGUUUGCUCUCAGGUAGGUGCAGGGAAGUCUCUUGAUGAGGAUGAUAUUUCUGUAAGCAAUGUAAGGAUAGAUUUGACGCGUGGAAACCACAACCCUCUUGAAAACAUCAAGUUUUUCAAGGACUAUGAAAGUGAGGAGAAAUUCUCAAUAUCGGAUGAUCGGAUCAGCCAUUUGCUGCCAACAUCAUAUCAGGAUAUGAUAGUGAGAGUUUAUUCCAAAAAAAUGGAACUGGUAGGGGCUGUAUCAGAAGCGUUUGAGAAUUUUCAGCUGAAGACCUAUGGAAUCAAAGCUCAGGUUCAUCCAACCCCCGAGAAGAAAAAACGCCGCUGCAUAGAUGAUAAGUUAGUUUAGUCGCUCGCUCCCAUUGGUGUCUCUUCCAGAUCAGGUAUAUAGUUGCAUAAGUAUAUGCUGUGUGUGAUUUGAAAAAGGUCUUGUCAUUUGAGCAAUUAGGGUUUUAAUUUUUGUAAAAGUAGGCUUGAAAUGCUCGUUAUAUACUGUAAUAUUUUGAUAUUAAUAAUGAUGUUUAGAGACUAGAGGAGGUUGGUUGGUUAGUUAAGUCAACUUUGGAUAGUUGAGGGAUAAAGACCCUAAUUUUCAAAAGCACUAUAAAUCCCAGCUUGGAAAAAGGAUAUAUCCUUUUAUUUCAAGAAAGUUUGCCAAUUUUC